AUAAAUUGUUAUCAUAAAAUUAAAAUGAAAGUAUCCCAGGAAAACAAUGCUUCGCCAGCAGAAAUUUCUGUAAAGGAAACUCAUGCUGGAAAAAUGUUCAAAUUUAUGGCAAACAUUCUCUUAGUUCCUGUUAGCCUGUUGAACAAUGGAAAAUAUAAGCUGAAAAUCAAAUCCUGGAGAUUUUUCUGCAGUUGCUUAUUGUGGUGUGUUUUGCCUUCAGUGAAUGAGGCGUACAUGAUGUAUCAAGAUUAUGAAAAUGGUAUUCCAUCCAAAGCUGAUUUUAAAUAUUUUUCCAAACUGGCGUUUAUUCAACUAGGGUCCAUAACAGCAUUACUUAAUUACUGGAUUCUUAAAGUAUGUGGAGCAUAUUUAGUUGAACAAUGUGGAUCAAUCCCGUUGUUGGAGCUCCCAUCAAGAAAACUCCAGCUUACCUUGUUCCUUGUUUACAGUAUAGGAGUUUGUAUCGUGGUGAUCUACAUUAUGGAAGGAUUGAAUAAAUUCCUAGUUCCUGUGUACUACUUCUUUGUUCCCUUGAAGUUAUUAUCCAACCUUUUUCUCAUGAAUGUAUUCACAUCUAAUUUUGUCAAGAAAUGUAAAAACCUAAGUUUAUUGACUGAUACUAAAACUCUCCUGAAAGAAUCUGAAAGUGUCUCUAAUGCUUAUGUUGACCUGAAGAGAGGUUUAGGACCCAGUUUGUUAUUUCACUAUACAACAUCUUUGCUUAUGAUCAUGAACUGCAGCUAUGCUUUUGUGAAUGAUUUUGCGAUUACAAAAGUUGCGGAUACUAUAAGUAAUGUUUUUAUUAUUUGGAAUAUUACAUCAAUAAGUCAAGAAUGCUUUGAAGAACAACAAAAUGCAAAUGAUGUUUUGAGAAUUGCUGCUAAUGAAUGUUUGGACCCUGAUUUGAAAGAAGAACUCAAGUGGAGAUGGUCUGUAGGCAAACAAGAAUCAGAGCUAACAGCUCUAGGAUUCUUUACAAUCAGCAAGUCAAGCAUGAUUUCUGCAUUUAGUACUAUGCUUGGAUACCUUAUUGUUCUUAUCCAGUUCAAAAUGGCAGAUGAGGACAAUUAAUGCUUAAUUUUUGUUGUUGUCUAUUCCUAUGUUGUGAAAAAGUUAAGGUCUCUAGUAUUGUAAGAAACAAGGUCACUACAGCCUU